GUUGCAAAGCAAAACUAAAACCAGCAGAGCAAUCUAACGCUUCGUAGACUUUCGAGUGCGACACGUCGGAAAGCGCGCGUACGCGUUCGUAACGGUUCGGCCAAGCUCGGGAACGCUCGUGUUUCUUGUCCGCCAGGUGGGGGCGCGAUAGGUUUUAGUUCUGGUGGGGAUAGGCACUCGGCCAUCAUCGGCGGAGGCGCACAGUUCAGUGACCUGCUACAGUGCGGUCGUGUGGUGGGGGUUCUGACAUAUUGUGAGAUGCCAGGCUGCUCCGCUGGUCCCCGAAAACCUCUCUCGGUUCACCAAACCCCAAAAAAUUCAUGCUUCUCGAGGCUUUCCACGCGUUUUUCCGGGGCGCGCGUCGUAUCGGCUGCCGGUUACCCACUCGGGGGGACCGACCUGCAGUCCCCGCUUGUUUUAUCCGUCGCGGGUGUACCUGUCCGUCUUGAGAUCAAUUCCCGAAUUCUUAAGCGAGGAACUCGUGUCCGUAGUGUGUGCCGUGAGAAGUUCGUCGUCUCUACGUCGUAUCUCGUUCCCUGGUUUAGGGCGUCUCGGUGCCGAGUGCGUUUUAUCGAAGUGGACAGACGCCCGGUGUAACGUGCAAGUGUCUCCUCCUUCGUGUUAUUUCGUCAACCCCUGUUGCUAUCGUCAUCAGCGUCAUCUUUGUGGCAUCUUCGUGAACCUAGUGUACAGUGGAUGGAAUAAUCGUCAUAAGAUAACAUAAGGUGAUCGCGUCUGUGCAUAUGUACACGCACGUGUCGGUGGUUUUAAUUUUACUGAAACAAAGUGCGCCUGUCCUAUGGGAUCCGUGAACGGAUGUGUUCUGGUGAAAAAUCGUCUUGAAAUUACGUGACUUCGGCAAAAACUCGGACUAAAAACUCCCGAUGGCUUGUUACUAACGGCGACAACGCCUAAUUCCGUUAUUCGCUGAAAAACUUCUUUUGGUCGCUCGACCGGGAGUCUCGUCUCUCUGUAUCACCUCCACGGAGACGACCCGCCCUGAAUCCGGCCUCGGCCUACUCCACGCAACACGAGGAAUCCCUUGUAAAAAUACUCCACGACGCACUUUGCGAAUGCGAGCUCGUGCUCGAGGAUGGGGUUUUGUUUUGUGACACUUUGAAGAAAAUGACGAAAUAUAUAUAGAGUGAUAGUGAGAGAGAGAGAGAGAAAGAGAGAAAUGCACAGAGCUUCAAUACGUCUAGUGAUUUUUGUGUUUCUUUGAUUCUAUAAAUUUAUUAUCGUCCUGGUCCACGCUCUCGUCGGUGCCUACUUACGAAAAGUGGAAGUAUACAUUCGUUUCCGUGACGAUAUUUACACGUCCUCGUUAUAUUAUACUUCGCACAGUCGAUACUUCGAUCAGGACUUCUGGAAGAAAUAUGAGAAUUUGUUUUUCCGUGUAAUUUUUCGGUUACGUGAAUUGAAUAGAAUUUUUUUUUCUCUUUUUUUUUAAAUAGGAAUAGAUCGAUGAAUGGAUCCUUUGUUUGUUUAUCGCAGACAAUAUAUUUUGAAUUUGUAAGGGCCAGACAAUAUUAUUGACGUUUACGAUUGAUCUAUUGAUUGCUUUUGUUCUUGCACAUAUACAGAACAUCCAUGUGUGUUUUAUGUAGACACGGUUACUGUGAAUAUUCCUUAAGGAAUAUUUUUGGCUGUAUUUACAGAAUUUCUUUUUCGUUUAUAACAACAUAUUGAAAUAUAUUAUACGUUAACGUUCACACGUGUCGUUACAGGAGGAUACAGGAAUAUUUUGGUGAUACUUUUAUGCUUGAAAGUCUUGAUAGUUAUUAAUCCUCUUUUAAUCCAAGAUAUUGUAUGAGUCAAGAGAGAAGUUAGCCGAUAACCUAAAAUUACAAAAGGAUUUCGACGGAUUUAAAUCACGAAGUGCACAGCCGUAGCAAGAUAAUUAACGAAGGAGAGAAGCUAAGGAAAAAGAAAGCAAGUAGAAGUUUGGUGUCCAUUGUAUCAUAACAGUUAAAACGUCGAAGACAUAUUUCACGUAAUACCUAUGAUUUCGACAAAACACGUAUUAGGUAAUACAGUCUUAUAAAUAAAUUUUUUUCGACAAGUCGCAUACCGAUUAAAAAAAAUAUUAAAGCAACAUUACGAAAAUUAAUGAACAAAAGUAUUCUCGUGUUAAGCGCACGUUUACACGCACCACGUGACAUAUAUAAUGUCUUGGAUUUGAAUAUUAAAAAAUUUUGCUUUUCAGUCAUUUGAAAUAACAAAAAAGUAAAACUUCCACUGCUCGUACCAAGCGGCAUGACUGAUUAUAGGAUCUGAAAUAAAAGUUGGCUGAAAGAAGUAUUCGAUAUAAUUUUGAAAAAAAUCACCCUCUCGCUUUUAUAUACAUAGAUUUGUAUUUUGAAAAUUUUCUCUGCAGCCGCACUGCUCCGUGACGCUUUAUACGUUAAAGAUGCAAGCGUGUUAGGUGACUGUACUCUGGGUUCAUCGUUCUCGGUUAUGUAAUGUUUGACUAUAUGGUGCAAGCGCCUCAACGCUACCAGCGGCGCUAGUGUCCCACAACACACGAUACUCACGACAAAGCGUCUUUGGCUUCGGUAAAGAGGAAACUGAAAAUUCCACCAAAUUUUCCAUUUACUUUUUUCUCACUCUUUUUUUUUCCUUUCUCGCGUCAAACAACCUCGACGUGUAAAUCCUACAAAGCGUAAAGUCUUACGAAGACUUUUUCAAAGAUCGCGUAAUCAAACCGAAAAAAAUGUUUCUGUCAGAACAGUAAGGUCGCAAUAUCUAGUUGGCGUCGUGAUACUAUAUACCUGCUAGAGUCCCUGGACUAUAAUGUUUAACAAUAGACCCAAGACCUCCUUAGUGGAUACGUUCAUUUAACAAUGCAUCGUCAAGCACGGACAAUACCACGCCUAUUCCUGCAGUAGGUACCUCAAGGAGGCCAUCUUUCUUUUAUCUCAUAGGAAUCUCAAUAUUGUUUUUUCUUUUAAUUCUCCCUUUAUCUCUAUGCAUUCCUUGAGAAUACUUAUAAACACGGGUACCGGGUGUUCUUAUUGAAACGUAUGAGAAAUAAAAAGUUUCUGAGGCUGGAAAUUUCGAAAAUGAAGUUUUGAACUUGUAUCCAUUUUUUUUUUAACUUUUCUUUCUAGUUACCGUACACGUAAACAAAAUCUUUAGGGUGCGCUUACAUAUCGUCCGUUAACUUUUCAUGCUCCCCUUUGCGAGUCUAAGGGCUGACGACGAUAUUUUAUUCUUAGGAGAAUCUCCAUCUUUCUUCAACUUCCCUAUCGUAUCUUGCGGAUGUGGCCGAGUCGUUUUCCGGAUUCCACAUGAAUUCACGAUCAUUCACAUAUAUCCGAGUAACCUCAAGUAACCGUAAAGUUUAAUCGAGCGGAUAAGCGUAAAGUUUUCGCAUAUAACACCAUGUAUUUCUCUCUGACUAUAUUUUCAAAAUCGUAGACUCGAGUAUCUAAAGAAAUUGCCUUGAUUAACAAAGAGUAACGAACGAGAGUAGCAAUAAAAAAUAUUAUUUUUUUCAUAAAAAAUUCUUCCCUCCUAACAAUACGGAACAAUUUAUUGCUCUUGUCGUUUGUCAACAUUUUUUUCACAGAUUAUCCCCGAUCUCGCGAUAAACAGUGACCGGUCGCUUGAAAUAUAAAUUUUCGUUUAUUCUCGCACCGUGUCGAGAAAUUUUGGCCCUUUCUUUUUUUUCUUCCGUUAACACAAAUUUUUUAAUUCGAACUCUGCGACGAGUGCGGGCAUUGUUAUCGAAAGCAAGAAAUAAAAGUUUGGAAAAUUAAGCGAGCCAAAGUGAACGAAAUCGUACGGGCUCGAAACUUUGAAUGGCCUAAUAUGCCGUAUGACGUAAAUCACAGGAUAAAACAUUGGUGCCAAGGAGAUGAUAUCGUGAUAGUACGUAAAUGGAGGGAAAUCUGUCAGUGUUCGGUGGGCCUACUUGGGGCGCAGAUAGCACCAGCCCUCAACCGCCGGAAGCGAGAACAGGACCGUCAAAUCAAACCGGAAGUCCCAGCAACACCAUUCUGGAUGAUCGUCGAGUACAAGCCAAUUCCAUACGAGCCCAGAUCGAGAUAAUCCCGUGCAAAGUUUGCGGCGACAAGAGCAGCGGCGUCCAUUACGGGGUUAUCACCUGCGAGGGAUGCAAAGGAUUCUUCAGGAGGUCCCAGUCGUCCGUUGUGAACUACCAAUGUCCGCGAAACAAGAAUUGCGUGGUCGAUCGCGUAAACAGAAACCGAUGUCAGUACUGUCGGCUGCAAAAGUGCCUACGACUCGGCAUGUCCAGAGAUGCCGUUAAGUUUGGACGGAUGUCGAAGAAGCAGCGGGAGAAGGUGGAGGACGAGGUGAGAUUUCAUAGAGCGCAGAUGAGGGCAGCAUCCGAAACGGCGCCGGACAGCAGCGUCUACGAGCACCAAACCCCGAGCAGUUCGGAUCAGCAUCACUCCUACAACGGCGGCUACACGUACGGCGGCAGCGAGUACGCGUCUCCUGGUCCCGGUACAGGCUCCUCGGGCUAUUACAAUCAUCAGGCGAUAACGAAUUACGAGCUCAGCGCGGAUUACGUCGACAGCACGACGGCCUACGAUCCACGACCAACGCAAACUCAAGUCGAUACCGUAGCACCUGACACGCCCUCUGUUACUGCCACUGGGGUACUGCCUAGUGUCGUUACCACCGAUCCGGCACAAAUCAGCGAACUUCUCUCAAAGACGAUAGCGGAUGCUCACGCACGGACGUGUCUGCUUUCCACCGAUCAAAUUCAGGAGUCGUUCCGCAAGCCCCAUGACCUGUCCAGGCUGAUAUAUUACAAGAACAUGGCGCACGAGCAGCUGUGGCUCGAGUGCGCUCAGAAGCUGACCACUGUCAUUCAGCAGAUCAUAGAGUUCGCGAAAAUGGUACCAGGGUUCAUGAAGCUCUCGCAGGACGAUCAGAUCGUCCUUCUGAAAGCCGGUUCCUUCGAAUUAGCGGUACUCCGAAUGAGCAGGUACCUCGAUCUCCAACAAAACUGCGUCCUGUACGGCGACACGAUGUUGCCCCAGGACGCGUUCUACACGACAGACACGGCGGAGAUGAAGCUCGUUUCGUGCGUCUUUGAGCUUGCGCGAAGUGUCGCCGAGCUGAAGCUUACCGAGACGGAGCUUGCGCUCUACAGUGCAGCAGUGCUACUCAGUCCUGAUCGACCAGGACUCAAGGGUCUUGCUGAAAUCACGAGGCUGUCCCAGGCGGUGAUCAGGGCAUUAAGGUCGGAACUCGAUCGGAACCACGUGUCCCCGAUAAAGGGUGACGUAACAGUUUGCGACGCGAUGCUCGCCAAGAUCCCACAAUUAAGAGAGAUCUCAUUGCUGCACAUGGACGCCCUGGCGAAGUUCAAGAGGUCGCAGCCCCACCUCGAGUUUCCGGCCCUCCAUAAAGAACUCUUCAGCGUCGAUAGCUGAACGACCGACGGGGCGCAGGGCAACCCGACGCUGGCUGAGGACACGGAACGCGAGUGACACGGGGCCUUGCUCUGUCAAGAUUAUUUCCUUCGUAAUGAACGUAUUGGGCCUUAAAUAAACAUAAUAUUGUUAUAUAAAGUAUACAUAAAGCAACAUAAAGUAUAUAUGAAAGAUAUAUAGAAGUAUAUAUAAAUAUAAGAUAUAUAUAUAUAUUAUAUAUAUAUAGAUGAGCUAUUGGUUGUUAUGACACAUACAUAAAGUAUAUAUUGACUAAUAUCGUUACAAACAAUGCCGGGACAGUCCGGGGAUGAAAUCAAGAGUGUAUAGGUAUAUGGUCGCGCUCGGGGACCGAUUCCCAGCGGGGCCCGUUAACGCGCCACACACAGGACUCUUGGGACCCGAUUAAUUAAGGUCCCGUAAAAACGCGCGCGUGCCGCGUCUCGCUCGCGCGGCCAUCUGUUGCCGUGGGGCCCUUGAAAAGGGCCCGUCGACUUUUUUUGUCCCAGGACUGACCGGGCCCCGGACACCACACGUAGCUAGACUCUAACCGAGUAAAUUAACGGAUUAACGUUUUGGUUAACGCACUUUACAAACACGCUUUUAAUACGUAAAUAUUACUUCCUACCUGUUACGCCCAUUUUCAGCGAAUCCACGUAAAGCGUGAUCGCCAGUUAAUCGGGCCCCAAUCGAGCCUCGUCACUCUCAACGUUGUCGACGUCAGAUUUGCUAAAAAAAAAAAUGAAAAAAAAAAUGAAAAAAAAAUCCUCCACCCUCUCGACCCUUAUCAUUACCGAUCAACUAUAAUCGAUUCCUUCUCCGAAUACGAAAUCGCAAUAAAAUACGAAUCCGCCAGUAUCAACAAAAAUUUGUACCGACAGGGGGCUCGGUUAAGUUGGUUAUUGUGCGCAUGCGCAAAAAAAAAAUAUACAAAAUAACAUUAGUCACGCGACUAUAGCGAUAAUACCGUUAUCACACGACGAAGUACCGUACCUACGUAAUGCGUAAGGGAGUCGUUCGCGCGAGUGCGAGAUUUCGGAUUUUGGGGGGAAAAAAAAAAAGCGGAGGUACAGGAAAUAAAAGAGAGAGAAAAAAAUUUUUUGGGAAAAUAAUGAAAAGCCACGUCUUUACGAUAUACAUGGAAGUAAUGUUUGCACGUACGUACAAAACGAAAAUAAUGGUGAAGGAUUCAUCUGUACGUACCUAUGGACCAUUGUGCGCUUAUAGGUACGUAUAGAGACGCAUAUAUGAUAGAUAGAUAAAUAGGGGAGAAAGGAUGAAAAAAAAAACACACAGAACACACAUCAUGUACACACCGUGCUUAUCGAUUACAUACGAAACCAAUGGUGCGCCAACUGAUACGUUAACGGUAGCAAAACUGAACGAGAACGAAGAUUAUUCUUAUUGAUUAACGUAUAAAUAAAAAAAAAAAACAAUAAAAUUGAUUUACCACUAGGGGAAAGAAAAACGUGACACGACUCUUGCGCGAGCAAUGUUACGUUUACCAAACACACGCGUUACACGUAUACUCGUUAUAUAUAUAUAUAUAUAUCUCUCUCUCUCUUUUUCACGCUCCUUCUCACUCUCCCUUUCGCUUAUCUUACAGAGAAAUGACUUUUCUCUCUUUUUUUCUUCUUUUUCGUCUACCUUUUUUAUACCCAGAGGACACGCGUAUUACGGACUCGAGAAAACAAGGAGAAACGUGCGCGAAUGUUUGAAAUAAACUGAUUCGUUACAAUUAAGGGACGUAAUUCGGGGGACGACAUAGAAAUUAACACGUUACACUCCUCUCGUGAGACACACGUUUCAACUAUACGCGUUAUCAUUGCAAGUUGCAGUUAAAUUGUAAUAUAUAUAUAUAUAUAUAUAUAUAUAUAUUAUACAUAAAUUUUAUAUAUAUAUAUAUAUAUAUAUGAUAAAUAAACAGAGUCGACGUACGAUAUAGAGGUAUAUCUAAAGUUAUAUGGUGCGGCCGUAUUCGGGUUAGAAGUAAACAAAAAUUUGACGUGGGCUACGUUACGUGCUGUGCGUUGUAUUUGUAUGUAAUAUCCUCGUAUUUUUUAUACCCGUUGGAUUGGUGGUUUUUGAAAUUUUUAUUAAGAAAAAAAAAUUUGUCAGCUCGUUCAUCUCAUUUUAUUCGUUGAAAUCAUCUUACACGGUACACGAGUUACCUGACUCUUUCAUUUAGUCCAGUCCCAUGCGCCUCUCCCGUAACUCCUCAUCCGCAUCCUCUAGUUCCAUCUCGCAGCUCCUUCGCGUUAUUCGUUCCCUUACGUUCCCGAUCCUCGUUAUCGUAAAUUUGGCCUUCCGCUGAAGAAACUGAAAAAAGACUUGUGCAGCUUCGAAUCAUCAAUACUCGUAUUAAUUGACGCGCGAUUCGCACUGUCAGCCGCGUAGCCCACGUUCUCGCGUGCGAAAAUGGCCGUUCCCGUGCGGGAUCUGUGUACUCGAGCUUCGAGUACAAGUGUCAUGGCGAUUAACGGUCAGAGAAUCGCAAUAAAGAUUUGGAUGAAAAAAAAUUGUUGAUAAAAGCAAAGCCUCUUUUGCGUAAGAGGCAAAGUAAAGGACGAGAGAGACUGUUCGUGUGCGUGUUAUAUGAAAAAUGUUAAAAUCAGCUAUAUUUUUGGUAGUAAGGUUAGAGAGGAGUUUUUCAUUGUAACUUCUUUUUUUAUCGAUAACAUUAGACGAAUUUUAAUGUGGCGUAAUCAGUAAAAAAAUUUCAUAUUUAUCUUUCGUCGCGAUAUUUAUUCCCGAUCGUAUCCGACUAAUAUCUCGUCACUAUGAUACUUGAUUGUAGAUCGUAAAAUUACGAUACCAGUGAGACCGAGCGUGAUAACGAGUUAAAAGAGGGGGAUUGGCAAGGAGGGGGGGAGGUUGUGAAUGACAAUUUUGACACUUUAACAAAUGUUGUCACAAGUUUGAAAAUAUCUGUUUCCUGCUUUCUCUUGUUACUCCGUGACUGUAUCAUUAGUGUAAUCCAUAUGUUUUUUACCUAUUUUUAAAAAAAAUGUCGAAUCACCAUGACACUCGUACACGUACGCUCUUGUGUAUACAUGUAAGCGAUCUCACGCCUGUCCCUCGAUACACCGCGUGUAAAACCACCAUUUCGAUUAAUGACUUGUGUACAUAGAUAUUCGCGACAGGCGAGCAGGCGCUAAUCAUGUCGCAGUUGAUUUAGCUUUAAGAUUAUGAUAUUCGUAGAUACUAAUACGGUCGCGGUCCUCGCGAUGGUCCCCCGAGCGUUCGCCACAUUGGACGAGAUCAUCGACGACGACGACAAUGAUAAUGGUGAACAGGAGAGAAGUUUCGAGUACGACGUGUCUACGAUUGGACCAACUAACCGGCGCAUUCGAUUCGAAUUAAUUUCGAGAGUCAAGAGAAAAGGAACCACGUGGAAGAGCGUUGUAACGUAAACGAAAUUGUAAACCAGCUUAUUCAACCCAAACGCACCAUCUGAACAUGGGCUCUACCGUAAGACUCAAAUGGUCGCGCUAACUUCAGGCGAUGCGUUUCUACUGAAUACUGUAUAGUCGUAUAAGAACGAGAAGCCGCGAAUGAUACCAUAUGAUUUAUGUAAACCGCCAGCGCCGUCUGUGCGGUACGAAGUGAAACUAAUGUAAUAGCGACAAUGGUAGCCCAAGCGCUCGACUCGAUGCGCAGAUGCAAUUUUAUCAAGUAAUUUCGAUUGUUCGUACGUUGGCAAGCAUUUUUAAUGACAGUGACGUUGCUUUCAGUUGCGCGUUGACAGCUUACACACACCCAUACACUUUUACACACAUGAACACUGCCCAAAAUAUCGUGGGCUGCAAUUUGGUGGGAUGCGCAGAGUGUCGCGCGGUCGAUGUUGCCUCUGUCUAUCGUCGACCGUGUAACGGAUGGACGGUUUCGAAAGGGAGUCUGUGGAGGGGAUUCGAGGGGAUGAAAGAAACGAGGAAAAAUAAUACCGUAAAAAAAUAUAACCAAUAAUGUGUUCUAAUUCGCUGACGUCAGACCGCCAGCCGUGAUGUGGAUCUCAGCGCUCGCCGAGGGACUCCCGUUGACACGCGAUUAAGGGGGUAAAAAAAAGGGAAAAAAAAGAAACAAAAAAAAAAAGAGAAAAAACUGUGACGAACCAGGAUUUUUCUUGCUAGUUGCGCGCGCGCGCAUGAUACGUAAACAUACAUAAUAUUAUUAAUGCAGUACCUGCUGUGGUUGUAGGAUAUAAUAGAUAAGGAUUGGUGGGCGCGGAUGAUAGCUGUAAGAAAAUUGUGCGACGGACUAUAUACAAAGUAUAAUGUAAUAGCAAUUGAAGUGUUUAAAACGGGAUUCUGGGAAAUUGGUGAGAACGUGUAAUUAGGAUGAAAAUUUGAUGGUAAGUAGUUUGGGAAAAAAUUUUGAGCGCGAUUACGAGCGCACGGGGGACUUCUUGGGCCAUCGUGUUGGACGGUUGGGGAGGAAUUGGGAGAGAAUUAAGAAAAUAGAAAAGGAACUGGAAAUUCUUAGACUUACUCGCGUUAUUACGUAAUUAACGAUUGAUUAAAGACGACGGCGGAAGAGAGCGAGUGCGUAAGCGUUUAUUAAUUUUUAUUUCUUAUCUCGAUGCAUAAAUAAGUGAUGCGCUAUAUUUAUGUGUAUAUACGUAUCUGCAUGUUUUUGUACGUAUAUAGAUAUACAUAUAGGUAUAGAAUAUCCUUAGAGACUUACAUACGCGAAGGAUGGACUUAUGGCAGGAAAUUGAAAGUGGAAAAGAAUAAUAAUAAAUAAAAUGAAAGAGUGAUUGAUUAAUGAUUAGUUAACGUUAAUUACAAGAAUAAUGUUUACGAUAAUGUUACUGAUCGAUGAUGAUAAUAAUAGUGACGCAAACAAUCUCUGCUGUAAUUUUGGAUGAACGAGAGACGGGCGAUCAUCAGGGUUUUUAAAGACGAGCGGGAUUUUCUAUCGCGCGAAAAUUCGAUAAAAAAAAAGAAUUAAUAGAUUACGACGAAUUUUUCACGUUGGCUAACGUUUUUACGGCCUUCCGUAAUAUCCGUGACGCGGACGCUUUCGUCCUUAUUGUACGAUUGUAUUUGGCGGCGAACAAGCGGACAGCAUAAUAAAGUACGCUCGAGCUGUUGGCGCUAGCGGGAUUGGUAUGCUGAAAACGUGAAAAGCUAAAUUUUUGAAAGAAAAAAAAAAAAAAAAAAUUACGAAAAUGAGCGAAGUUUAAACGGUGGACAAAAGAGAUAUAAGAGAGGGCAUUGACGAAAAUUAAAAACGCGACGGAGAGACGUUAAGGAACGCGAGAGCAAGGCCUUUUAUAUAGUAAAUUCUAAAUUUGAAUUUAUAUUUUUAAUGAUGAAAUAAAACAAAACGCGAUUCGACUGAUUUGGACUAUUGUCCGCGCGCAGCGCUGCCUGUCUCGCUGCUCCGUACAUCCCGCGACCCCCAGACAACAAUUCUUUUCAUUGUCCCCCAGGAAGACAAAUUCGAUUUUGAUAUUUUUUUUUUAAUACAUUGCUCGUAUAUGCGCAACCCGCUCUCGUAGAUCUCUUUAUUUUUUUAUUUACUGGUCUUUUUUUAUAGUCUUCAAGAAGUUAUUACGUUGCUAGUAAAUUUCACUUUUUCAUUCCCAGCGUCCCUCGUACAACGUUCAAUUGAAUGCGUCUUUUGUAAAUUUUGUUUUUUAUUUUUCAAUUUUUUCAUUUUCCCUAUAGACUUUUAACGAAAUUUUUUCUUUCAAUUUUUUCAUUUUCACAUGCUCGUUCGAUCUCUGUCGUUCCCGUCAGAAAAUCAUCCCUUACGCAUACACGUGUUUCAUUCCUUCAUUAUAGCGUGACUCCAGUCUGUAUACAGAUAUUUCCAUUUAUCCUCGCUUCAAAUCCAUUCGUCGUGUUUUUCGUGCGGGACUUCAUUUUUUCUUUUCUCGUCACUGUGUUGGUAUAUCGCUAUUAGGAUUUCAGCCUUUAACGCUUAAAGAACGAGAACGUGUCAGUGUUGCUCGUAAAAAAAAUUCUACGAUUUAAAAAUUUUUUAAUCGACCCUCAGGAUUGCGACGAGACGAUAAAAAUUUUUUAAAUCGUCACUCAGCUACUAUCGGCUCACGUCGGUUCCGCUCGGGUUUUUCUUUGGGUGUCGUGAUAUAUUUUUUUUUUUUUCAACGAGACACGACUGCCGCGUUCCACUUAUCGUUGACACAAGAACUGAUGCUACUUCGUGAGACUGCCGUGGGAGCCUUAUAUUGAGAAAAAAAUGACGUAAAGCGGAUAUAAGUGAAAAAAAAUUAAGUAUAAAACGCAAAACAAGACGCUGGACUUUCAGUGGCGUGGAGUACGAAUUAAUGUAAAAAACGAAGAAACGGAUGAUUAGAGACGAGAAAACAAGAAACACGCGGGUGAUAAAUAAAUGAAAAUAUUUAUAAAGCAGAAAAUGCUCGUUCUCGAAGAGAUCUGAAUUCAGAACGGGGGUCGCGGAUACGCGGCCGCUGGUAUUUUGAGACUUAUUGUGAUAUUAUAAGAUGAAAAAAAAAAAAAUAAUAACAGUGACUGAAACUGCAUGAUCUAAAGUUACAGCCGCCUCCAUCCCUCCCCAACCCCCAAUUCACCUUUUCCCAAAAUCUCUUCAAUUCCUUUGACUUAGUCUUUACGGAACACUCCCAACGAUUUCCUAUCAUGUUUUUUUUUUAAUUAUCAAAAAAAAAUAGAUUUCUUAAUUCGUAUCUACGUAUUGCGCUAACUUAAACUUGUCCUCUUCGACGUUCGCUACACUUUGCCACCAGGGUGUACGGUGUGUUCGUAUUUUGAAUUUGAAAUAUAUUUUAAGCUGGAAAGUCAAUGACGGCGUAUCCGUCGACAGGACAUUAGGAAUGACCAUGGUUAGGGUCCAAAAAUUUUCGAAAAUACCUAGCAACUCUUUGUAAGUGACAUUAGAAUACAGUAGACAAGUCGAUUUUGAAAUUUGAAUUUGUCGCAAUUAAGAAAUUCUCUUUAUACACGGGAAUAAAAUAAAUUUUUGAAUUUGGCAUUUUGGAAUGUACAUUUUUUUUUUUUACAUUUUUUUAUCCUAAGAAGGGAUGACGAUUUUUGGAUCCUAAUCUCUGGUACACGCACGUUUAUUCUCCGUCACGCGAUACGUUAAUCAAAUUGUUUAAUGGGAAUAAAAUUCGCACCGUCAAAAGAUAUGGAAAUUGAGAUCACGCUAGGUUUACAAUACACGAUAACAUUUUUUAAGGUAAUUUGAACGAAGCGUAUGAGAGUGUGUUCGCAAAAAUUCAACUACCAUGAUCCAUCUGGCGUUAUGCAAUUGAUUGAUAUUGUCAUAGAACGUGUUUAUCCAAUUUGAAAAUGCCACCAGUACCAAUUCAUUGCUCCCCAUUAACUUUUGCCAAUCGAACCAAAAUCACACCGUCAAGUACUGUAAUAAUAAUUGUAGAUCGAUGUCACGAGGAACUUAUCAUUACUUAAUGUACUAUGUCCGUAAGGAUUUUUCGAAUUUAAACGAAUCACAAUAACAUACUCCAAGUUCUAUUAUUCAAUAACGUAUCGGAAUUCACGACUAUCGUGGUCAAUUUUCGUAUUUAUCUCACAAAAAACUUUUGUUACAAUUUUUUCGAGAAAAAAAAUAAAAUUCGUUUCAAUUCGGACAAUCCACUCGCACGGGUCUUUUAAUGUUAAUUAAUUUUGGAUCGACGACUACAUGUGGGAAAUGUGUUGGACGCUCUCGAUAAAAAAUUGUACGGAACAACAAAAAAAGAGGUGAAAUGACUGGGCGCUCGUUAAUAAAGUCAUCCGAAUAAAUCUAUUUAAAAAAAUGCUCGCCUUCCCAUUUCGAAAACAUGCGACAAACAACCUCUGCACGUUACACGACUGGAUAAAUUUAAAUGAAGUGCUUUUAAAGACCGAAAAUAUUUUGCAAAAAAUGAUCGAAUUCAUACGUAAAGGGGGUAAAACGCUGUUAUUUAAAAAUAUUUGACACUCGCAAAUUUUAAGAUCAAAAAUUGCGUUAUCGCGACAGAGUCAACAAAAAAUGAAGAAGAGUAAGAUGAAAAAAAAAAUUUUUUUUUGAAAAUCCCGAAAAAAAAAAUUCUAAGUGCAAUAAAGCAUUUCGUUGGUCUCGUACGAAUGACGCGGUAAAUUGAAUAAAACCAAAAAAAAAUGGAAAAAAGAUACAGGGGGGUUGGGGGUGACGAGACAACUCGGGCACAUCCGAUACACACCAUCACAGCCACGAAACACUGCACCAACACGUAUAUGAACGAUGAUACGAUAUAACGUAAUUAAUUAAUCGAAUAAAUAAAUGAAAGACCGAUUUAAAAUGAAAGAUUAGAGAAUGUAGGGUUUAAUGACGAAUAACGAUAUUAUUAUUAUUAAUAAUAGUACGAUGAUAUGUAUUUUUAACAUGAACCGUUCACAAGUUGAAAAUCUGUAGAUUUAUAAAAGAAACAUUAAUCAUCGUAUAUGGCUUGUGCAUCUUUUACAAUUAUCCGUCGUAUUGGUUCCGUUAAGAGUAAUAGGAAAAAGAACGACAAAAAAAGGGAAACUGAAAAAAAAGCGUUAUAAACAUUUGACAUAUAUGAACAAUUCGAAAAGCUCUGAAACAUUAAUUUUCAUGAAAAUCGUCGUUUCGUGAAUUAUUCAUGCUCGAUCUUUGGGCCGUUCGAACGAUAGGCUAACCGAUCGCCGGCUAUUUUAUCUCAGUACAUUGCACGUAAUAUAGUUAAAAUUAUCGUACACUAGCAUUCAGACAGUAUAGCAUACUUUUUCCAAAGAUAAAGCAUAAAAUUAAUCUCGUACAGUUACGUAUUAGAAGUUACCAUAGAAAGGCUAUAAAUAAUAAUAAUAAUUCUUGACAGAAGCAAUGUAAUCGCUUGGCAGUUUUUCAAAUAGGGCUUAAAGGAUAAUGCAAAUGAAGUUAAAUAAAGUAUUUAAAGAGAAAGAGAAAAAAUAAUCAAAAUGGCCGACGAUUGUUUUCACCUAACGAGAACCGAAUUGAUAAACUUUUAAAUGACUGGUAUAUACAUAUAUAUAUAUUAUAAUUCUAGGGACACACGGAUAGGAAAAGAUGCAACGUAUACGAAAUCUAAUAGGGUAUAAAAAAAAUUCAUUUUUGUAAAUAUUAUCCCCUAACCCAGUAAGCUCACCACCGACUCUCGUAUAUUAUUUCGCAAAUUUGUCAAUCGCGCCCAUUUUUAUUAACUGCAAUCGAAAUCGAGCAAUCUCAUACGUUAUUAACAUUAAAGAAUGGCAAAAAGGGUCUGUGAAUUCGGUAGGAUUUUUUAAAAGUAUUUUUACUUAAAGUCAAGUUUUUUUUUGUAUAAUCGAGCUUUGUUUUCUUUUUUAAAUACACUUGGCAGUCCGAACGCAUUUUUUCCCGCCAAUUCACAUUCUACACGACUCCGCGAUCGAUCGGUACGAAAGCGUGCAAUUUAUUUUCGCGUUAACAAGACGCCCCGGGACAUUUUUGAAUUAAUGAGACGAGAAAACAUUUUUUUGUUGUCACUCGAAACAGGAUCGAAGAGCCAAUUUUUGUAUUUCCCGCGAAAAAGAGAUUGAUCACGCGACAGUCUAAUAUAAUGAAAUCGUCACGUCGUUAUUGUUUCUCGAAAAAUCAUCACGGUAGGACGUUAAUGAUAAAACGUUAACGAUAAUGUGAAUAACGAUUACAUAUUAAUUACUAAUAGCAACAAUAACGAUUAACGUUAACGAUUAUCGAUACUAGCAUAUACACCACUUUACAAUUAUCGAAUGCGUUUAUGCGGUAUGUCGUGAACAUAACGAUGAUCCGAGUGGCUAGUGCGUGGCGCGAAAAUAAAUAAACAGAUAAAACCCAAAAGCAUAGGCAUUAAUAGAGACAAAAGCGAAAUAUAAAGAAUUAAAGCAACAAAAGAGAACAGAUUAUUCUGAGAUACCAAUGUACAGGAACGGUGCGCAAGAAAAUUGUACGAAAAAGAAAGACAAGGUAAAAAAAAACGCAGAGAGAAAUAACAGUAAGAACGAUUUAAAAGAAAAAAUUAAUUAGCGAUCGAUUAAUCGAUUAGACAAAGCAAAUGAUGAAAAGAAUAAAAGUCGACAAAGUGAAAUAAAAUCUGUUGAAAGUGGGCAAAGGAAGGAGUAAGGAGAUUGGAGGUUGGAAGAGGAAGACAAAGUAACAAACGAUGUACUUGAUACGAUGUAAUAUAUUGGUUAUUUAUUUUUUUUAUAUAUAUAUACAUACCCAUAUAUAAAUAUAUAUUAUAACGCAUUCGUUUUAAUUCGUUGUUAUACGAGUAUCGUUUUCAUUUCCCGCGUCAACGAUUUGCGCAUGCGCGGCUGCGUUGUAAACUGUAAGUUUUCGUUAGGUAUGUCGUUACGAUAUUACCGCAGAGAGAGAAAGAGAGAGAGCGUGUAUGUGUGUAUGCGUGCAUAAGCCUUUCUUGACUCGACGAAUGAAUUAACGAAAAGAAAUUACGUGAAAAACCAAGUGGAGAAAUAAGGACACAUAAAAGUUUAAGGUUUUCUAGACUCAACGCAUCGCCGAACGGCUUGUGCGAGGCUGUCGCUGGCGUCAGUGUCCGCGUGCCACGUGUUGUGCUCGUUGGUGGUUACGUACGAGGUUAAAGAAGCUUUACGCGGAGUUGAGAGACCGAACAGUUGAAGAAAAGAUAUAACGAGGACUUAAACCGAGUGUACAGACAGAAAUAAUAGUGUUCAAAGAGCACGCGAGUGUUUAACGUUGACUUUGCAGGUUAUUCUUUGUCGUUGCGUCACUUUUGUACGUUAAUAUUUUACGUACUUUACCGACGGGUUUUGCUCGUUACUAUUGUGACUGAGAGUACAAAGCGUGAAUGGCUUACGAGGUGCGUGAUUAUUAUUAUUAUUAUUAUUGUUAAUUAUAAAAAUUGAAUUUAACAACGUGUUAACGUGGGAUACGACAAAUCGAGCCAAUGGGAAUCACUGAACGGAGGCGGUUUCAGUUAUCUUUGUUAUUAUUUGGGCACGCCGACACUCUCGCGGAGCGAUGCGUCGAGAGGUUUUACGAUUUAAACUAACAAUUAGUUCUUAAUGCUAAUUAUCUAUUAAUUGUAUACACGUUAAUUGCUACAGCAUAAUAUUAUUGAUUACAUUACA